UGAACUCGCGACUGCUUCAAGUGGCUUAAAAUAAUGCAAAACGAGUAGGUCGAGGGUUUUUAGCAGUCCUCAGCUCUGCUGUUGGAGCUUUAAUCUGGCUUUGUUCAGAGUCUCCAGGCAACGACAGCAAACAGAGGAACACAGCGAACCGAGUUUUUUCCUUCCAGAGAUUAUGGAGCCAUCGGAGGAGCAGGUGAAUGAAGCUCUGCGGAUCAGUCCUGAAUCUGUGCGUCAGGAGAAAGCGCUGUGUGAGACCCCGGUCACGAGCAGGACCUCCACUAGAGGCAGCCUUCGCUUCGGGAGCCUCAGCCAUCAUUCCUUCUUCUCCAGACACAAUCCUCAUCCUCACAGAGUCAGACACAUGCAGGGGUUGAAUGGUAAGCCGGUUUGUACGGUGAAUGAUGACUGGUACGGCUUCACUCCUCUCUGUCCUCAUCCGCUCAUUAAAAGUCAAGUGUCUGGGAGCCGUUGGUCGGUGUUUCUAACACCUGAGAUCGGCUCGGCUCGCUCUGGAGCACGAGCAGAACUGAUUUCUGAAAGCUGGCGUGAGGAACUGAAGGAUUUGGCCACCAAAGUCAGUCUUUCAGCGACCCAGCAGGACACGAGAGAGAAACUCACAGAUGAGGAAGUUCCUCGCAGGAAGACGCAGUAUUCGGCGCAGUCCGGCCGGAUCAUCCCUGCUUCGUCCUGGGGAGGGAAGAAGCGCAGCAGCAGGACUUCACACAAACGAGCUCAGCGAUGGCAGACGCAAACCCUGGAGGGGGUGGAGCUCAAGGUGCUGGAGCUUUUGUGUCAGAUCCUGCAGACGGAUUCUCUCUCAAUGGUUCAGCAGUGGCUUUUGUUGGCGAGUGAAAAAGAGAAAGAGCUGGUUCAGGGGUUACUCCAGAAAGCCAUGGUCGACUCCAGCUCUCUGACCCAGCAGACAUCUGGAUCAGAACUUCUGCCUUUGACGUCUGAAGAUCUGCCUGAUCAUGUGUUCCUCAGCUCAUCUGUCAGCCGGAGGAAGAGCAGUUCACAUCCCGCAGAGCCGUUACAGGACAAACCAGAGCGGAUCGGAGAGGCAGAAGUUCUCACGCUGUACCCAGAGAACACAUAACGCCGCUGCUGUCCUCUACAUCACUGAUUUAGUUUGCUCUUUUAGCAGUUGUGUUACUGUAAUCGUCAUACUGUAAUGCAAUGUCAAUUUUUAAUUGCUAAUAAAGCAUGGAAACAGG